AUGCCCCCGCGCAGGCGCAACACGCACGACACCGCCCAGGGUGGCUCGUCUGCUCCCGUCACCGGCCCGCGCUCGGCCCUCACCUCGUUCCUCCGCGAGCAAGGCAUCACGGGCAACAACGCCCGCCUCAACUACUCGAACCGCCGUCCCGCACCCACCCCUUCCACCGACGCCACCACCACCACCACCACCACCGCCUCGACCACCGCCGCCAACAGCGACGACGACGACGACACCGACGACGCCUCGAUCUCGACCUCGGUCCGCCUCACUGCCGCCGCUCCAGACGGUGCCGCCUCGUCCUCGUCGUCCGUCACCGCCUCGGUCCCACCCUCGACCGACGCCAACGCCGAGGCCGGGCCCUCGACCGCCUCGUCGUCGACCAAGAAGCGCAAGGGCAAGGACACAGCCUCGGCCACCGCCAAGAAGCACAAGAAGAAGAAGCCCGACGUCGAUGGCGACGACUUUAACCUCGCCGGCGUCCCCCACUCGGCGCCCAAGAAGGGCCGGUACGAGAACCGCCUGCCGGGCAGCAUCGCCGUCUGCGCAGAGUGCGGCAAAAAGUUCACCGUCUCCAAGUACACGGCGAGCAACCCUCACGGCGCGGGCGUCCUGUGUGCCCCGUGCACGACCGAGUCGAUCGAGGACCGCGCGUCGUUCCCGUCGGCGUCGAAAGCGGCCGCCGCCGCAAAGAAGCCGCCCAAGAAGAAGGCGCAGCGCGCAGAGCUCGAGACGCUGUACACGCCCGUCCCGACCCUCCAGCAGACGUGCCUCGCCGUCGUCGGCCAGUACGCGACCGACAUCGAGGCGCUCGGCGACAUCGGCCUCAAGAACCUCGACCGCGUCGCAAAGGUCCUGUGCAAGAACCGCGCCCUGACGGGCGACAACCUCAAGCUGUUCCUCGAGGUCGGCCACCGCGAGCUGCGCCUGUACGACUGCACCCUCGUCAAGGACCAGGACCUCGCCCAGAUCUCGGUCUUCUGCCCGCACCUCGAGCGCCUCGCCCUCAACUUGUGCGGCCGCCUCGACGACGACGUCAUCGACGCGUGGCGCAACGGCUUCAAGGAGCUGCGCCACCUCUCGCUGUACGCCCCGUACCUCGUCACGGCCAACAAGUGGGUCGAGUUCCUGUCGCAGUGCGGCACGGACCGCCCCGAGCUCGAGACGUUCGAGCUGCGCAUGUCGUCGCGCUUCGACGACGCGUCGCUCGCGGCCCUCAUCGCGCACAGCCCGUCGCUCGUCACGCUCCAGCUCGCCGAGCUCGGGCGCCUCACGAGCGCGUCGCUCGCGGCGCUGCACCCGCUCUCGGCGGCGGCGCCGGGGGGCCACCUCGCGUCGCUCGACCUCGCGCGCCUCGGGACGCCCCAGGGCCACGUCCUCGAGGACGACGACGUCGUCGCGCUCCUGUCGCACGUCGGCACAGGGCUCGUCAGCCUCACGCUCGACGGCAACGAGCUCUUGACCGAAAAGGUGCUCGUCGACGGCGUCAAGCCGUACUGCGGCCAGCUCAAGAAGCUCAGCCUCGCCGACUGCGUCGAGGUGCACACCGAGGGCGUCGAGGUCCUGUUUGGCGCGACGCCGGCGCCGCCGACGGGCGAGGACAAGGGCGGCGAGGCCGGUGAGGGUGCGGGCGCCGGUGCCGCAGACGGCGAGGCGGCGACCGAUGGCGAGCGCGAGCGCGAGGUCGAGGGCGCCGAGAGCGCCACGGGCGUCGACAGCGAUAAGACGCCGGGCGCCGCUCUCGUCGAGGCGACGCCAUGGUCCUCGCCCGGCCUGCACACCCUCAACCUGCACCGCCUCGGCUCGCUCUCGCCCCUCGCCCUGCGCGCCCUCCUCGCCCACUCGGGCCGCACCCUGCGCAACCUGUCGCUCCACUCGUGCGACGAGCUCGACGCCCCGAUCCUCUCGGACGACCUUGCGCGCCUCGCGCCCGACCUCGAGGUCGUCGACCUCAGCUUUGUGCGCGCGACCGACAACUUUGUCGUCCAGGCGCUCCUCGGACGAUGCAAGAAGCUCCGGAUCGUGUUCCUCCACGGCAACAACCGCGUUACGGCUGACGUGCCGCGCAAGGCCGGCGUCCAGCUCCGAGGACUCGAGAACGCGCUGCACAGCGAGAUCCCGCCCGACAUGCCGUGGUAGGCCCACCUCGCCCUCUUUCCUCUCACCCUC